CAGACUAUGCACACACAUUGGGUUGGAGUGAUCUUAUUCAAAAAGAUGUUUAUGAUCGUAUGAUGGAACAUCAAGCUAAGCAUAAUAUACAUAAAUUGCAAUUUGAACAGAAUGUGAACGAUAUUGUAAAAAUUUUAAGCCAAGAGAUUUGGAAUUUAAAUUUAAAACCAAAUGAUUUAAUUCUUUCGGGGAUUCUAGAUACUGAAGAAAUUAGGGAAAGAAAUCCUGAAUUUUUGCAUAUAUUGCAUGAUGCAAGUUUGCUAAAUAUUUUUGAAGAAAUGAUUCCAAGAUUACCGUUGCCAGGAAAACUAUCAAGUUUUAUUAGAAAGUACCUUAGUGGAAAAGAGAUGAGAAUCCCCAAUGAAUAUAAAUCUUUAUAUACUUCGACAAGAACCUUUAUUGAUUCAAUUCGUAGUAUAUGGAAAAAAAGAGAAUAUCAAAACAACUCACCAAGAAUCAAUGAAUCUACCUGGUCACAUUGUGCAAUAGAUGCAAUAAUGAAGUUUAUUGAAACUGAUAUGGAAGAAGAUCUUUUUAUUCGAUGGGAUCAUGCUGUAAGUCAUACAUCUGCCAAUAGAAAUAAUUCUGAUGGCGAUGGGCCUAUCAAGAAAGCUGAUUUUCAUGCCAUUGAAAAUCAAAUUAAGUUGGGAAAAUGUGGAAAAGACUCACUUGAAGACUUUCGUAGAUAUUACAGAAAAAACAAAGAACUUGCUGAGUUUAAAGAUAUUAAUGUUUUUUUGAUGCAUGCUCAUGAAACACUUAUUAAAUUUUCAAUUAUGGAUCAAAAAUUUUAUUCGUUAUUUCGAAUAAGAACUUUGGAAAAAUCACGUUUUCUUACAAAUGUAAUUCAACAUUUGCACAGGAUAGAUAAAGAUGACGAGGAAAGCAAUUGCAAGAAAGACGAUAGUUGUAGCGAGGAAGAAGAGGAAAGUUGUAAUGGAGAGGAAGAAGAGACUGAAGAUGAAUUUCAUAACCGUUUGGAUAAUAAAUCCAGGGAGAUUAGUAGUAAUAAAGAAGAGGAUAGUACAAAAGAAAGUAGCAGUGAUGAGGAAGAGGAUAGUGAAAAAAGAGAUAGCAGCGAAUUAAUAGUCAAGCCAAUUGAAACAUAUGAUACACCAUAA